UUAUGAGUAUUUUUACUGUUUGUCAGGACAAGCGUAAUAGCUUCAAAUGCAGAGACGGAGACAGCGGGUCGACUGGGAAAGCUACCGUUUGGCCAACAUUUCCAGUGUCCUCGAUGUAAACAUCCGCAAACAUCAGCCUGCGAGUAAAGUCUCAUCGAAAUGAGUCACUUUUCAGUUGCGCAAAAAGAGAAGAGACGCCGAGCAACCCAUCCCAAAACACAAACAUGGUCAAACAAGUGGUAACAACAAUAUGUUUUUUCCUUUUUCAUUGCAUUAUAAGUUACUGGGCGUUUAUGUCCUCCUGUAGCAUCCAUUCAUCAACAAAAAUCACCAUACCGGCAAUCGCCAGGUAUUUUGGCACUAAAGGCCGUUACGAAGAGGUCAACGCGUACUUAAUCGACGAUAUUUUAGCUAUAAACAACUCCCUCGUGACGCUGCCUUCCUCGAAAUGCGGCGAAAUUCAUUUGACGGCAAUAAUCCGGCACGGGACGAGGUACCCGACCAUUAAAAACGUUCAGAAGAUGCGCGAGUUUCAUGAUCUCGUCGUGCGAGACGCGACCGAUAACUUGGCCUGUUUGUCGGAGAUAAAGUCUCGGUGGAAGAUGUGGUACACGGAUGAUAUGGACGGGCGACUGGUGGACAAGGGCCGUGAGGAUCACAGGCAUCUGGCUCAGAGACUCAUCAAAUGGUUCCCUUCUUUGCUGACCGAGGAAAAUGUGCGUCACGGACGCGUGAAACUGAUCACCAGCUCCAAGCACAGGUGUGUGAACAGUACCAUCGCUUUCAGAGAGGGAUUAAUGAAAGGACUCGGCAUAGAAGCUGAGUUGGAAGUCGCUGUAAACGACGCUUUGAUGCGUUACUUUGACCAGUGCGAACGGUUCGUGAAAGAAGUGGAGAGCAACAAGAGCGCCUUGGAGGAAGUGAAACUCUUUAACGAAGGCCCUGAGAUGAAAAGAGUAAUGGAGAAAAUGGCUGACAGGCUGGAGGUCCCUUACUCCAGCAUCACCGAUGAUUCAGUGGAAGCAGGUUUCUUCCUGUGUGCGUAUGAGUUUGCUAUCCAGAAGCUGAACUCACCCUGGUGCCAGUUGUUUGACGAGGUGGACGCACAGGUAAUGGAGUAUGCUGGCGAUCUGAAGCAGUACUGGAAGCGCAGCUACGGGCAUGAUAUCAACAGCAAGUCAAGCUGCAUCCUCUUCCACGAUCUUUUUUAUCGUCUUGACCAAGUUAUAGCCCAGAUCAACUCGGAUGGUAUUGUAUCGGAGGCUGUGACAGUGCAGAUCGGCCAUGCUGAGACGCUCUUACCCCUUCUCACCCUGCUCGAUCUGUUCAAGGAUGACGUCCCUCUCAGAUCAACUAACUUCGCAACCCAGCACAACAGAAUAUUUCGAAGUGGGACGAUUGUGCCGUACGCUGCCAACCUGUUGGUAGUGCUGUACCAAUGCCCAGAGGGCAUUAGGAUGGGUGUGCGACUCAAUGAGAGAUCUUUAACCUUGCCUGGACUCACCGACCCUGUCCCAAUGUAUGAGGAUGUGAAGAAACGCUACCGUGAUCUACUACAUGGUUGUGACCAAGACACUGUUUGUAAAAUUAACAGUUCAUGAAUAUAAAAAGCACAAGACAUUUUUUUUACGUUAUACAACAUUGUUGAACGGUAAAUGAAAGAAAAAAGUUUUUAUAUAUUGAUAUAUAAAUAUGUUCAAAUGAAACCCCUCAGUAUUCAUCUCUGACCAACCAUCCAAUCAGAUAACCCCAUUUGACGUUGCACAUUCAACAUAUUUAAAGUGUUCUUUCAAAAAGGUCUUUAGUUUUAUUUCACAAAAAAAAUGUUGCUGUAUUUCUCAGCAGUGAAUCAUGUUGUUUACUUGACUGAAUUGUAUGUUGCUGGUCUUGGUAGAGAGGCCUCUGUUGCUUGCUUUUACAGUAUUUCUGUUGAUUAUAAUGUUUAUUAUAUAUAUUCAGACCAAAAAUUAUUUUAGAUACCCCAUAUACAUGUACACAUAUGUGUGUGUGCGUGUAUAAUAUAAAAAAUGUAUAAAAUUGUAUUUGUAGACCACACAGACAUACAUAUAUAAAUAUUUUCAGAAGAUUAACUGAGCACAUUGAAUGUCUGUGAAAUUCUAUUCAUUCAAAAAGAGUGUACAAAAAUAUAGGCUGCCUUAUACAUCUUACUUUAAACAUCAUUUGUCUUAGCAUUAUUUGGAGAUUAAUAAAAUCAAGUCAUGCUUUAUGUUCAACUAUCAAAUAUUUAGAUUAGUAUUACUCAAUUACUUCAAUAUUUUAUCCGUUAAUCAGGAAGGACUGGAAGGUGUGAGAACCUUGAAAUGAUUUCAUAUGUUGUAUGUAUGAUCUGUCAGUUUGUUACUUUACCUAAGUACAAUAAACUGGAUCUUGGGAGCAAA